GGGUCACCCCAUUAGGAAGGUUGAGAACCACUGUUCUAAAGUUAUAAAGGAGUAUCUAGCAUACUGCCCCUUUACAUCCUUAGGAAACAGCUGUUUUUGAAACAAGUGUCAGGGAUUUGACACCAUGAAACAGAUGUCUCUGACACAUUGGUGACUGCAUGGUAAACCAAACAUUCUCUUGAGAUCUUGAAUGAACUGGCUUAGAAAAAUGGUCAUGGACAAAAAUAACUUACCACUGAAUGAAUAUUUUCCCCAGCAUGACUUCUCCCUCUCUGACCUCUCAUUCUUUGUUCUAAAAAGACGCCUGCAUAAUAUACAUGAAAGGCAAGCCUGGGAAUUAACAUUCAUAGGGCCAUGGUAAAUAAAGGACAAUAGCUUAAAUAGACAAGGAUCUUGAAUUCUUGCCUUGUUAUAACAAUAGUCCAUAACCACCUGCUGCUUGAUAUAUUUUUCUAUGCUAAAUGAGUUCUGAAUCGGUUAUGAUUUCAAACAGAGCUUGGAAAGGUUCCUUUUUGGAUUAUAGCUUCUAGAAUAUCCCAAACAACCCAGCCUGAGUGGGAAGAAGAGCUCCAAAAGCAGUGAUGGCUUUGUGGUUUUGAACUGAAACUAGUAGUGCAUGCUACUGAAGCCUCAUAUUCCUGAGGAAUAGUCAUGAAUGGGUGUCAAGAUCUAGACAGCUUGUGAGAAUGCCUCGACCUGCUAAUUUACUCCUCUUUCAAACCACAUUUCUUUUGCUCUUUUUGUGCUGGGAUGUACUGAGCCGGGCUUUGCCCAUUGGUCCAGAUUAUUUGCAGCGUGGCUGGCAGCGGCUCCUGGAGGAAGGAGAGAGCUGUGUGGAAUGCAAGUUGGAGGACUGUCCCACCCCAAGGGGCUGUCUUGCUGGGGUGGUGCUGGAUGCCUGUGACUGUUGCUGGGAAUGCGCCAAUCUUGAGGGGCAGAUCUGUGACUUAGACAAUACCAACCACUUCUAUGGCAAGUGUGGGGAUCACUUAGAAUGUCGCCUUGAUUCUGGGGACCUGCGACAUGGGGAGGUGCCUGAACCCCAAUGUACUUGCCUGUCUAACCAAGCUCUCUGUGGCUCUGAUGGCAAAACAUAUGCCCAAAUCUGCAAAUUCCAAGAAGUGCGUAACUCCCAUCCUGAAACUAAUCUGACCGUGACUCACGAAGGACCUUGUGAAUCAGAACCUCAUAUCAUAUUGCCUCCCUAUGACAUCUGGAACAUCACUGGGCAAGAUGUGGUUUUUGGCUGUGAGGUCUUUGCAUAUCCCAUGGCUUCGAUUGAAUGGAGGAAAGAGGGACUGGAUAUGUUGCUUCCUGGAGAUGACCCCCAUAUUUCAGUUCAGUUUAGGGGAGGCCCUCAGAAAUAUGAGGUGACCAGCUGGCUCCAAAUCCAAGGUGUGAGGGUAACUGAUGAGGGAACAUACCGCUGCUUUGCAAGGAACAAUAUUGGGCAAGUGGCAGCUCCUGCCAAUCUUCUGGUUCUCACUCCUGAUCAGCUAAAUAUGACCAAAUUGGUUCUGCCCAAAACAUCUAACCAAGGACUGGAUGAGGACAUGGAGAGUGAUGAAUCCUAUGACUAUUAUUGAUGGGACAUAUGUGACAGAGGCAACAAGAGUUCGAUUGAAAUUUACAUUUUUCCCCAUUUGGGAGUUAUCUGCUCACCAACUACAGAUUUGACUUCAAGGAUAACCAGUACCUGUACCUUGUACCAAAUUUAAAAACAGCUGAAAAUGUUGUUUUCUGUAUCCAUAGAUUCUGCGUCCAUGGAACUGAUGACCCACAGCUUGAAAAUACCCCCCCCCCCCAAUCCUCCAAAGCAAUCCUUGAUUUUGUCAUUUUAUAUAAGGGAGGCUAUGUACUAUACCACUGUAUGUGAAGAAACUUGAACAUCCAUGGAUGUUGGUAUCCACAGAGGUCCUGGAACCAAACCUCAGUGGACACCAGAGGCCCAGUGUACUUAAUCAUUUGACCCAUCCCUUUGCUGGAUGAAGGGUACACAAUAGUGGGAGGGAAAUCUCUUGUAUUUACUGAUCAUAUAGCAAGUGGGCAUUAAAAUAUAGUUUGACCACC